AGAGAGAGAGAGAGAGAGAGAGAGAGAGAGACUCUGUGCGCUUCACUUCCUCAAUCGACGGAACCACUGAGCCAAAACGCGAGAGGAAGAGAGAAGAGCAACUUUUCGUCGUGGUGCGGCGACAAAGAACCAGCACCGAGGCGUUGGGACGAGGUGAUCCUGGUACUUUCACCAUGGCUCCUUUCUUGAGGAUCACCUUUAACUCAUACGAGUUGGGCAUCCUGCCCACACUGGCAGACCCUCCCUUCUGUGCGAUCAAGAUGAAGGAGGCCUUGACGACUGAACGAGGUAAGACCCUGGUCCAGCGGAAACCCACCAUGUACCCGGCUUGGAAGGCCAGUUUUGACGCACACAUCUAUGAGGGUCGUGUGCUGGAGGUACUGCUGAUGAAGACAGCAGAGGAGACACUGGCUGAGGUCUCUGUUGGUGUGGCUGUCCUUGCAGAGCGAUGCAAGAAAGCCAACGGCCGCGCUGAAUUCUGGGUGGAUCUUCAACCUUCUGGGAAAGUGAUGAUGGCAGUGCAGUAUUUUCUGGAGGGAGGGGAUACAGAGAGUAAAAAGGCUGCAAAGGAGGAAGAGGCUCCUACUCUGAACCGCAGACGAGGGGCCAUCAAGCAGGCCAAGAUCCACUUCAUAAAGAACCAUGAGUUCAUCGCUACUUUCUUCAGACAGCCCACUUUCUGCUCCGUGUGCAGGGAGUUUGUUUGGGGACUCAACAAACAAGGCUAUAAAUGCAGACAAUGCAAUGCGGCCAUCCACAAGAAAUGCAUAGAUAAAAUAAUCGGCAGAUGUACCGGUACUGCUGCCAACAGUCGGGACACUGUGUUCCAGAAGGAGCGCUUUAAAAUUGACAUGCCGCACCGUUUCAAGAUCAACAACUACAUGAGUCCCACCUUCUGCGACCACUGUGGAAGUCUGCUGUGGGGUCUCGUCAAACAAGGCCUGAAGUGCGAAGAUUGUGCCAUGAAUGUCCAUCACAAGUGUCAGGAUAAAGUAGCCAACCUUUGUGGUAUCAACCAGAAAAUGCUAGCUGAAGCACUUACACAAGUCAGCCAGAAAUCGUCCACCCGCCAUUCAGAUCCAAACCUGCCUAAUCUGCCUGAUAUUGGAAUCUAUGAUGAAGUAAACAAACUUGCCGGACUGGAUAUCAAUGACCCAUCUCACUACGGCAGACUGUGGGAAGGGUCCAGUCCUCAGCCUCAGUCUCGUAUUACCCAUCUGACUCGCAUCAACGUGGAUGACUUCGUCUUCCACAAGGUUUUGGGAAAAGGCAGCUUUGGCAAGGUUCUCCUAGCAGAGCUGAAGGGUCGUGGAGAGUACUUUGCUGUGAAGGCUCUGAAGAAAGACGUGGUGCUGAUGGACGACGAUGUGGAGUGCACCAUGGUCGAGAAGAGAGUCUUGGCAUUGAACUGGGAAAACCCCUUUCUCACACACCUGUUCUCCACCUUCCAGACUAAGGAGCAUCUGUUCUUUGUGAUGGAGUAUCUGAACGGAGGAGACUUGAUGUUUCAUAUUCAGGAGAAAGGGCGCUUUGAACUCUACAGAGCCUCGUUCUACUCGGCCGAGAUUAUUUGUGGUCUCCAGUUUUUACACUCCAAAGGGGUCAUCUACAGAGAUCUCAAGUUAGACAAUGUGAUGCUGGAUCAUGAGGGACACAUAAAGAUCGCUGACUUUGGGAUGUGCAAGGAGAAUGUGUUUGGAGAGAAUCGCGCCACGACUUUCUGUGGAACUCCUGACUACAUCGCUCCGGAGAUCCUGCUGGGACAGAAAUACUCAUUCUCAGUCGACUGGUGGUCCUUCGGGGUGUUGCUCUAUGAGAUGCUGAUUGGACAGUCGCCUUUCCAUGGAGAUGAUGAGGAUGAGUUGUUUGAGUCCAUCCGCAUGGAUACUCCCCACUAUCCUCGCUGGAUCAACAAAGAGGCCAAGGACCUGCUCGAGCGGUUGUUCGAGAGAGACCCCAGCCGCAGGCUAGGAAUCGUGGGUAAUGUUCGUUUACACCCCUUCUUCAAGGCCUUUAACUGGCAGGCCUUGGAGAAUAGGGAAGUUGAACCCCCUUUCAAACCAAAAGUGAAAGCACCGAAUGAUUGCAGCAACUUUGAUCGGGAGUUCCUCAGUGAGAAUCCUCGUCUCUCACACAGCGACAAGAACUUCAUAGACUCCAUGGACCAGUCAGCAUUUGCUGGUUUUUCAUUCAUCAACCCCAAGAUGGAGCACCUUUUAGAAAAGUGACAGACUCGGGUCACAACUCGUUGCAGGUUAGUUCACGAAUUCUCUCACAGAUGAAGUAGCUGCUCUGCAAUUAGUGUUUGACCUCAUUUUAAGCACAAACUAUUCUCCUUGAGUACAUUUAGAAAUAAUAAGAGUAGAAAUGGGCCCUUGUACUGUAUAUUUUGAUGUCAUUGUACUUGUGUGCAUGCUUAUUAUUUGCCUAGGUUUUUGAAGGCCUGCACGAAUAAUAAUAUUUGGGUGGGAGGCUGAAAAUCCUUACAUUCCACUUGACGUGUGCUACCAUGUGCAGCCAUUCUGUUUCUCUUCUGGUACCAUUCAGUUCAAAAUUAUGAAGAGGUUAAGAAAACCCAUACGAAUAAAUUGUACUGUAUACUAAAAAUGUAGAAUGUACGAAUGAAGUGACUGCAUGUAAAGAAAUCUCAGACCAACAAAAACCUAUCUGUGUUUGAUGUAGAUUAAUACUGAACGUUAUCUGUCUUUCAAACAUCUGACUUUUUGCCUUUGACUGGAUAAAUGUCUCAUGUCUUGCUGACAAAAGAACUUGUGGUUGUCUGGUUGACUUGAACAGUGCCAUGUAAAGAUCAAAUUUAAACAGAGAUUCAUUUGGUCUCAGCAGUAUGGAAAUGUCUAAUUUGUGCACGGUGACGUGGCUGCAGCCAGGGGUGAGAAAAGUUUAGUAAUGGUACCUGACUGUAAACAAUGAGUGGAAAGUCACUAAAAUGCUGUAUAAAGAUAAUGUGUAUGUACAAUAUGUUGUUUUAACUUGUAUAUUGGUUCACUAAAGAUGUUCUUUUUUUUUACUGUCUCCAUCUUUUACAUCUGAUUAAAAAACAAGCAUCAAC